AAUAACAAUAAUAAUAGCAAUAAUAAUAACAAUUAUACGAACAAUAAUAACAAUAAUAACAAUAACAAUAACAAUAAUAACAAUAAUAACAAUAAUAACAAUAAUAACAAAAAUAAUAACAAUAACAAUAAUAAUAACAAUAACAAUAACAAUAACAAUAGCAAAAACAAUAAUAAUAAUAACAAUAACAAUAAUAUUUACAAUAACAAUAACAAUAAAUAUAAUAACAACAAUAACAAUAAUAAUAAUAACAAUAUCUACAAUAAUAACAAUAAUAACAAUAAUAACAAUAAUAAUAAUAAUAAUAAUAACAACAAUAUCAAUAACAAUAACAAUUACAAUAAAAAUAUUAAUAACAAUAACAAUAAUAACAAUAACAAUAAUAAUAACAUUAACAAUAAUAAGAAUAAUAACAAUAAUAACUAUAACAACAAUAAUAACAAUAACAACAAUAAUAACAAUAACAAAAAUAGUAACAAUAAUAACAAUAAUAAUAAUAAUAACAAUAAUUAUAAUAAUAAGAACGAUAAAAAUAAUAAUAACAAUAAUAACAAUAGUAACAAU